AUGAAUCUUCCACUAUUCUGUACGGUUUUUGCGUUCCUUUUCAUAGCUUCUGUCUACUCGGAAGCGAUAUUCCAAAUUGAUCAUGUUAUGGUUGACGCAAAAAUAAAACGAUCCCCUCAAAGCAAUAAGCUUAUAGUGAAUGUGCCAAAAACGAGUACCAGAAUGGUGUUGAAAUUCCCAAAAGUGACGAAAUUCGCUGUUGAGGGAAAAUCCCAUUUAUCCGUGUUCAAACCACCGAAAACUGAUCCAAGUGAUGUUGUAAUUUUCGAAGCAAUUACGGCUAUAAACAAAACAGUUUCUCUGCAUGUGCGAAAUCUGGAAACAAAACAGCUCGUUCAUGUUCUUGUUCAUCCAAUCUAA